UCCGCACUCCAAUUUCCGACGCUAAAAGAUCCUCUCUCUCAUCCCUGGCGAGAAAAGGUUACCUCUCUUUUCGGGCGAGUCGAGAAACCGAAAAAAUUGAGAUCGAAGAAGAGAAUGGGUUCAGGAUCUUUCCUCAAGGUCGUAGCGAAGAACUUCGAUGUUCUUGCCGGGCCUGUGGUGACACUUGCUUACCCUUUGUAUGCUUCAGUCAAGGCAAUAGAAACCAAAUCUCCUGUUGAUGAUCAGCAAUGGCUCACUUAUUGGGUCUUGUAUUCUUUUAUUACUCUGUUUGAAAUGACUUUUGCCAAAGUGAUUGAAUGGCUUCCUUUCUGGUCCUAUGCAAAGCUGAUCUUCAACUGCUGGUUGGUCUUACCCUACUUCAAUGGUGCUGCAUAUGUCUAUGAACAUUUUGUGAGGCCGUUGUUUGUCAACCAACAAACGGUAAACAUUUGGCAUUUCCCAAAGAAGAUGAACUUCUUCGGUAAACCAGAUGAUGUUUUAUCAGCUGCAGAAAGAUAUAUUGGAGAGAACGGACCAGAAGCAUUUGAAAAGCUCAUGAGCAAGUCUGAGAGGGUAUCGAAGCCCAGGAAUAACCGCCGUUCAAUUUUAGAGGAGGUGGAAGCUGAAAGAGGAUCAAAGUCCGGGAGUGAAAAUUAUACGAUCUUUGAUGGCGAUCAUCGAUACUAAAGCCAAGAUUUCUUAGUGUACGAGAGCAGGCGCGAUGAUGGGGUUUAUCAUCGGUCUCAGAAUGGACUCUUACCUGUCUUGACUUCAUGAGAUAGUUACUGUUUUGUUUUCUGUUUGAUAUAUCUGUUGUCCAAGAUGUUGAUGCAUUGUGAAUCAAGAACUCCCUUUCUUGUGAUUCUAGUCUAGAACUCAGUAUAUAUCCUCUUUAUACUCAUGUAACUAUGUUGUGUUUUCAUGUAACUCAUAAUCAAUCCAGAUACUUGAUGAAACUUUAAGUAGUUUGUU